UGAUCCUUUUUUUUUUUUUUUUUUUUUUUUAAUUUUUGCUUGGUGGCGGCGGUGCUGGGCCAGGGGAAGGAGGGGACACGGAGCCCUCCCUCUCCUCGCCACCCCUCACCCGUUUCCCCCCCGUCCCGGUUCCGGGAGAUGUGCCGGGCGGGGGGCCCGGCUUCGCGGAGCCGCAGGAGAGAAGCGCAGAGCCGACCUCAGAGCGGCGCUGGACAGGCUGGUGGGCCAGGCCGUGGUGCCUACCUGGAGAUGUGGGGUGAAGCCCACUGCACAAGCCACUGAGAGCCCUGAACACACCCCCAGCUGCCGCUAUGGCCCGCCUGGCUGCAGUGCUGUGGAGUCUCUGCAUCACCGCCGUCCUGGUCACCUCGGCCACCCAAGGCCUGAGCCGGGCUGGGCUCCCAUUUGGGCUGAUGCGCCGGGAGCUGGCAUGUGAAGGCUACCCCAUUGAGCUGCGGUGCCCAGGCAGUGAUGUCAUCAUGGUGGAGAAUGCCAACUACGGGCGCACAGAUGACAAGAUCUGCGAUGCUGACCCUUUCCAGAUGGAGAAUGUGCAGUGCUACCUACCAGAUGCCUUCAAGAUCAUGUCGCAGAGGUGUAAUAACCGCACCCAGUGCGUGGUGGUUGCUGGCUCUGACGCCUUUCCUGACCCCUGUCCCGGGACCUACAAGUACCUGGAGGUGCAGUACGACUGUGUCCCCUACAUCUUCGUGUGCCCAGGGACCCUGCAGAAGGUGCUGGAGCCCACUUCGACACACGAGUCAGAGCACCAGUCUGGCGCGUGGUGCAAGGACCCGCUGCAGGCAGGCGACCGCAUCUAUGUUAUGCCUUGGAUCCCCUACCGCACGGACACGCUGACAGAGUACGCCUCGUGGGAGGAUUACGUGGCUGCGCGCCACACCACCACCUACCGCCUGCCCAACCGUGUGGACGGCACCGGCUUCGUGGUCUACGAUGGUGCUGUCUUCUACAACAAGGAGCGCACGCGCAAUAUUGUCAAGUACGAUCUACGCACACGCAUCAAGAGCGGGGAGACUGUCAUCAACACGGCCAACUACCAUGACACCUCGCCCUACCGCUGGGGAGGCAAGACAGACAUCGACUUGGCUGUGGAUGAGAACGGACUGUGGGUCAUCUACGCCACUGAGGGCAACAACGGGCGGCUUGUGGUGAGCCAGCUCAACCCCUAUACUCUGCGCUUCGAGGGCACGUGGGAGACAGGCUACGAUAAGCGCUCGGCGUCAAACGCCUUCAUGGUGUGCGGCGUCCUCUAUGUGCUGCGCUCUGUCUACGUGGAUGACGACAGUGAGGCAGCCGGCAACCGUGUGGAUUAUGCCUUCAACACCAAUGCUAACCGCGAGGAGCCGGUCAGCCUGGCCUUUCCCAACCCCUACCAGUUCGUCUCCUCCGUGGACUACAACCCGCGUGACAAUCAGCUCUAUGUCUGGAACAACUACUUCGUCGUGCGCUAUAGCCUGGAGUUUGGGCCGCCUGACCCAAGCGCUGGUCCAGCCACUUCACCGCCCCUUAGCACAACCACCACAGUCCGGCCCACGCCCCUCACCAGCACGGCCUCACCUGCAGCUACCACCCCGCUCCGCCGGGCACCUCUCACCACGCACCCAGUGGGUGCCAUCAACCAGCUGGGACCUGACCUGCCUCCAGCCACAGCCCCGGUCCCCAGCACCAGGCGACCCCCAGCCCCCAAUCUGCAUGUGUCCCCAGAGCUCUUCUGUGAACCUCGAGAAGUACGGCGGGUCCAGUGGCCAGCCACCCAGCAGGGCAUGCUGGUAGAGAGGCCCUGCCCCAAGGGGACUCGAGGAAUUGCCUCCUUCCAGUGUCUACCAGCUCUGGGGCUCUGGAAUCCCCGGGGCCCUGACCUCAGCAACUGCACCUCCCCCUGGGUCAACCAGGUGGCCCAGAAGAUCAAGAGUGGGGAGAAUGCAGCCAACAUUGCCAGCGAGCUGGCCCGCCACACCCGGGGCUCCAUCUAUGCGGGGGACGUGUCCUCCUCCGUGAAGCUAAUGGAGCAGUUGCUAGACAUCCUGGAUGCCCAGCUGCAGGCCCUGCGACCCAUCGAGCGCGAGUCAGCUGGCAAGAACUACAAUAAGAUGCACAAGCGGGAGAGAACCUGCAAGGACUACAUCAAGGCUGUGGUGGAGACAGUGGACAACCUGCUGCGGCCUGAGGCUCUUGAGUCCUGGAAGGACAUGAAUGCCACGGAGCAGGUGCACACGGCCACCAUGCUCCUGGACGUCCUGGAGGAGGGCGCCUUCCUGCUGGCCGACAAUGUCAGGGAGCCGGCCCGCUUCCUAGCUGCCAAGCAAAAUGUGGUCCUGGAAGUCACGGUCCUGAACACGGAGGGCCAAGUGCAGGAGCUAGUGUUCCCCCAGGAGUACCCGAGCGAGAACUCCAUCCAGCUGUCGGCCAACACCAUCAAGCAGAACAGCCGCAACGGGGUGGUCAAAGUUGUCUUUAUCCUCUACAACAAUCUGGGCCUUUUCCUGUCCACUGAAAAUGCCACAGUGAAGCUGGCUGGUGAAGCGGGCACCGGUGGCCCGGGAGGUGCCUCCCUGGUGGUGAACUCACAGGUCAUCGCAGCCUCCAUCAAUAAGGAGUCAAGCCGAGUCUUCCUAAUGGACCCUGUCAUCUUCACUGUGGCCCACCUAGAGGCGAAAAACCACUUCAAUGCUAACUGCUCCUUCUGGAACUACUCGGAGCGUUCCAUGCUGGGCUACUGGUCGACCCAGGGUUGCCGCCUAGUGGAAUCCAACAAGACCCACACAACGUGUGCCUGCAGCCACCUCACCAACUUUGCUGUGCUCAUGGCUCACCGCGAGAUCUACCAGGGCCGCAUCAACGAACUGCUGCUGUCAGUCAUCACCUGGGUGGGCAUUGUGAUCUCCCUGGUCUGCCUGGCCAUCUGCAUCUCUACAUUCUGCUUCCUGCGGGGCCUGCAGACUGACCGCAACACCAUCCACAAGAACUUGUGCAUCAACCUCUUCCUGGCCGAGCUGCUCUUCCUGGUUGGCAUAGACAAGACCCAGUAUGAGAUUGCCUGCCCCAUCUUUGCCGGCCUGCUACACUACUUCUUCCUGGCUGCCUUCUCGUGGCUGUGCCUGGAGGGCGUGCACCUCUACCUGCUGUUGGUGGAGGUGUUCGAGAGCGAGUAUUCCCGCACCAAGUACUACUACCUGGGCGGCUACUGCUUCCCGGCGCUGGUGGUGGGCAUCGCAGCUGCCAUCGACUACCGCAGCUAUGGCACUGAGAAGGCCUGCUGGCUCCGAGUAGACAAUUAUUUCAUCUGGAGCUUUAUCGGGCCCGUCUCCUUUGUUAUCGUGGUGAACCUGGUGUUCCUCAUGGUGACCCUGCACAAGAUGAUCCGGAGCUCGUCUGUGCUCAAGCCUGACUCCAGUCGCCUUGACAACAUUAAAUCCUGGGCCCUGGGGGCCAUUGCACUGCUCUUCCUGCUGGGCCUCACCUGGGCUUUUGGCCUCCUGUUCAUCAACAAGGAGUCAGUGGUCAUGGCCUAUCUCUUCACCACCUUCAACGCCUUCCAGGGGGUCUUCAUCUUUGUCUUUCACUGCGCCUUACAGAAGAAGGUGCACAAGGAGUACAGCAAGUGCCUGCGACACUCCUACUGCUGCAUCCGCUCCCCGCCUGGGGGCGCUCACGGCUCACUCAAGACCUCAGCCAUGCGGAGCAACACCCGCUACUACACAGGGACCCAGAGCCGAAUCCGGAGGAUGUGGAAUGACACCGUGAGGAAACAGACAGAAUCCUCCUUCAUGGCAGGUGACAUCAACAGUACCCCCACCCUGAACCGAGGUACUAUGGGGAACCACCUGCUGACCAACCCUGUGCUGCAGCCCCGUGGGGGCACCAGCCCCUAUAACACCCUCAUUGCCGAGUCAGUGGGCUUCAAUCCCUCCUCGCCCCCCGUCUUCAACUCCCCAGGGAGCUACCGAGAACCCAAGCACCCCUUGGGAGGCCGGGAAGCCUGCGGCAUGGACACGCUGCCCCUCAACGGCAACUUCAACAACAGUUACUCUUUACGAAGUGGGGAUUUCCCUCCAGGGGACGGGGCCCCUGAGCCACCCCGAGGCCGGAACCUGGCAGAUGCUGCCGCCUUCGAAAAGAUGAUCAUCUCAGAGCUGGUGCACAACAACCUGCGGGGUGGCAGCAGCGGGGCCAAAGGCCCACCACCGCCCGAGCCCCCUGUGCCACCUGUGCCGGGGGGUGGCAGCGAGGAAGAGGCGGGCGGGCCCGGGGGUGCUGACCGGGCAGAGAUCGAACUUCUCUACAAGGCCCUGGAGGAGCCACUGCUGCUGCCCCGGGCCCAGUCGGUGCUGUACCAGAGCGAUCUGGAUGAGUCGGAGAGCUGCACGGCGGAGGAUGGGGCCACCAGCCGGCCCCUCUCCUCCCCUCCGGGCCGGGACUCCCUCUAUGCCAGCGGGGCCAACCUGCGGGACUCGCCCUCCUACCCGGACAGCAGCCCCGAGGGACCCAGUGAAGCCCUGCCCCCACCCCCACCCGCGCCCCCCGGCCCCCCUGAAAUCUACUACACCUCGCGCCCACCGGCCCUGGUGGCCCGGAAUCCCCUACAGGGCUACUACCAGGUGCGGCGGCCCAGCCACGAAGGCUACCUGGCAGCCCCAGGCCUCGAGGGACCAGGGCCCGAUGGGGAUGGGCAGAUGCAGCUGGUCACCAGUCUCUGAGGGAUCUCACGGACCAAGGGCUGGUGGCCCAGGCCAGGGAGGGAACCCUGAGCAGGGCUCUGGUGGGAGAGGGAGACUGACCGAGGUAGUGGCUGGUGGGCCACUCUCCAGGCUCCCCUCAGCCACAGGCCCUUCAGGCCCCUGGAGGCUCUGCCAUAGGGACCUGAGGUGCAGGGUUCACAGACAGGGUUUCCCACCAGCCACGUGCACCAGCUCGAUUUGGAACUGCAGUGAGGAGGAGCCAAGAGGUCCCGAGGGGAGUGAGGAAGGAGAAAUUGGAAGGGUACAUCCCACUCUUGACUUCCCCCUCCCCCCUACACCUACUGCUGGAGGGAAAUGAGGGCCUUGGCGUCCAGGGGCCAAAGACCCUGCUGGAUGGAACCUGUCAGCUACUCCUCUUUCUGCAGCCAGAAAUGCUGGGCUGCACCAGGAGUAGAAGGACAGAUGGACAGGUUCCUCCUGCACUACAGUUCCCUGCUCCCUGGAGACUGGGGCCGUUGGCCCAGGAGAAAGCCCCAGGGCGAGAGGAAUGGUGCAUUUGUGGCUGGUGGUUUAAAGGUGGAAUUUUCUCUGAAGCUCCUUUCCUCUGCUCUUCAUCCCUGCCUCCCCAGCAAGCCUGCCCCCUCAGCCCUCCUCAAGUGCACCCAAUGACCCCCUCCCUUGGGGUGACUCCUGAUGAAGCACAACUCCCCACAGGGCCCCCAGCCCACAGGGGUGGCCAUAUCUGGGCAGUUCCCAGUCCUGUGGGCUCGGCUAUCUGGGGAGCAGAUUUUGGGUCUGGAUCUCCCUGGGGAGUGGGUCCUGGGCUUGGAUCUUUCCCUAGGGGGUUCUCUUCCCCUUCCAUUCUCUUCCUCCUCCCCUAUUGCUGUAAAUAUUUCAACAAAAUAGAAAAGAAAAAAAAAAGACAAAAAAACAAAGAGAAAGAAAAUCUCAUCACUUGAAGCCACCAGGAGCCUGUGGCCUGGCCAGCCCGGGCUUUCUCCGGAGCAGAGCAGCGCCGCCGGGCCCUGGCAGCCAGGACUUCUCUGUGUAUGUGUGCAUCCCCCGCCGGGGUGGGCGGGCUGCCAGAGCAGCUUUUUACAAUCCAGAGACAGAAAAAAAUCUAGAAGCAACAGAGAAACAAAGAACCCGUUUCCUUCCCGGCACCUGUUUCUGUCGCCUCCUUCCCUGCUCUGCCUGCCCCUGGCAUCAGUCAGCCCUCCUGGAGCGUGUACCUCACUGCCUGCCCCAGGACCAGGGGCCUGUCUUCCCCCUCCCCUCCCCAGUGGCCCAGGGGAGGCACCCCUCACACCCAAAGAUGCUUUUGCCAAGAUGGCUGCGCUGUCCCUUUGAGUUCCUGCCUCUUGUAUAUUGCUUCUGGAACUCUGGGCUGGGGAUGAGGGGCUGAUUUCCUGCCUAGAGAGGCUGAUGGGGGAAGGAAAAUGAGGGCAGCAGGGUUUGAUAGUGGUGGAUAUGAGUGAAGAGGGUCGGCUGGGAGUGGUGAGGUGGACUUCUCUUGGCGGGGGAGGUUGAGGGGGGAAGGUGCAGGGCACAAGGUGAGCGAGAUCACCUUCCCUCCCCUACACCCUCCCUCAGGGGAGGCAAAGCCAGGUACCAGGGCCUAGAGUAGGACACCCAUGUUAUGGAGGCUCAGCCCCGAACAUGUAGACCCCAGGAGCUCCAGGCUUGGGAUGUCUCCUGAGUACCUCUCACAGCCCCCUCCUGUUCAGCCUGUCACCCUGGCCUUCCCAGCCCCUCCCCCCACACACACUCUGGGGGUAGCUUAGUCCCAUUGCCACACUAGCCCAGCCCCAUCAUUGCCAUUUCCCCAGGGUUGGCCCUCCACCUCUCCUCUGACCCCUCCUUGUCUCUUGCCCCUCCCUCUUUUCUCACAAGUGCCAUGAGUUUUCAAACAUCUUCGGGUCUCUGCUGCCAUGAACUUCUUUGGGUUAAAGGGGAGGAGCUCUAGGGAGGAACUGGGGGAAAGAGACAGGUGGCUGGAGGGACCCUUUUUGCUGCUAGAAAGCCCCUCCCUUCUGGGGAGCUGAGGCUGGCUUGUCCCUGUCAAGGGAGAAGGGGUCAGACCAAAGAUGGUGGUUUGUCCUGCAUAGGGGACAGGUGUGCAGAGAAGGCAGGGUUGCGUUCAGUCUCUGGCAUUUUCUGGUAGGAAGGCUUAACCCCUUUCAUCAGAAGCUCAUGGAUGAGUCUGGACAGAGAGGAGAAGGAUGGGGAUGGUCUUGCCCAGAUGGCUCUGUGAGGAGGGCAGGAGCCAGAUCUGUGGCCUGCCUUGGCUUCAGGAGGCCAGGAGCUCCACUGUGGGAGGGGUGGAUAGAGGUCUAUGAAAAGCUGGUAGGAGACCAGGGUAGAUGGAGGUGGUCGUCCAGCCCAGGCAUCAGCCCAGCUGGACCUGGAGGCUGCCUCUGACACCAGCAAGGGGACUGGAAGAGUGGGCAGGGUGGGAGAGUUCCCAGGGGGACUGGAGGCAUGCAAGGAGUCCCUCAUCCUCUCCCCUGCAGAGCCCUCCGUUUAUCUCUCCAGACACUGACAAUCAAGCGGGGAGAGAGAUCGUGCAGUAGGUUCUUUGGUUCCCAUUCCAGCCAGAAUCACCAAGGUGGAUUCCCAGGCCUCAAAGCUGUGUGGCAGGGCCCCCUGGUGGGGCUGGACACCACUGCAGUCCAGCGCAAAGCCAACCCCAGGAGCCCAGAUGUCCUCCCCACCCACCCAACCAGACCUGGUGCCUUGAUGCCCCCACCCCAGAUGGGACGGUAUAGAGAAGGAAGGGUCUUGGUUUCCUCUCCUACUCCCUUCCUUGGGCUCCUGAAUUCAUUUGCUUUUAAAUAUUGUUAAUUUUCUGUUUUGUUUUUCUUUUGGUUUCCCUUGCUUCCCUUUUCUCUGUGUCUCCACCUCUUUCCCUGUGUCUUCCUCACUGUGUUCCUCUUCUCUCACCUUCAAUUUCUCUGUCCAUUCAGGCCUCCUCUCCCCCCCACACACACACACACCCAGUCCCCUCCUUGGUCUCCUUUUCGAUAUGCCAAACCAAUUUUGGGUCGAGUGCAUUUAACGAGAACAAAACAAAAGGCUCAUAACAACAAGAACGUUUCAGAAAAAAAAAAAAAGUUAAAAAAAAUUGUUGAGUCAAAAAAAGUCAAUAAAGAAAUUAAGAUUUCUUGGAAUGACAA